GAGCAAGGUGCAUCCCAACGUGACAAAGAUCGACUUUGUCCAAUCGCAAACGCAAUCCUACAAUUUCGAAGAUACCGUUAACGAGAAGUCGCAGAAGACGAAUUCGCAAAGCGUGAAUGACGUUGACGAGCAGGUAUGGGAAAAGACAGCUCGAGUACAGAAGUCGCAGAAGACGAUUUUGCAAAGGCAAGUCAGGACAGCCCGAGCCGAGCACAGGAAGCGGGCCGCAUCCGACUUGGGCGAGGCUACAAAGCAAGUGUGGCGUAGCUGUCACUGCUCAGCGUCGCAAUGGACUUUCCUGCCAGAGAAGGAUCAAUUGCUCGACCGCCGGCAUACUUGGUUUUUGGCAUCAAGGUCCAGCGACCACUUGGAAGAUUUGCGGGAGGAAGGGGGCGGAGUCGGGAGCGGCGACAUGUCAGUCCUGAAUACUUUGUUUGCUUUGGAGCUCAAAAACAUCACCAAAAAGUUCAAGCAGAGCGAGGUUGCCACCACUCUGUUGGGCCAUGCUAUUGCCCAAGCUGAGAUAGAUGGCUUGUUAUCGGCUACUGAGUCGGGUUUCAACUCGGUGGUGGACGAGGUCAGCGACGUCAGUGUGGAUAAAGUGUUAUCAGCGGGAAAAUAUCUGGCGGGUGGUGGCAAAAGCAGUGAGCCGGAAGACAAGAAGAAAAAACCACUUGAGUUCGAGGACAAGCUCGCUAUAUUCUACAACAAGAUGGAGAAGGCGCUGUGGACGGAAAAGGUUGGCACAGUGGAGCAAAGCCGUGCUGGGUGGGGGUUUGAGCUCGGCCUGGCCAUGCUGUUGCUGCUGUCUUCAGUGUCUGCGGUGACGAAGCACUUCUUACAUGAGCUACCACUCAAAGAGCUUGUGCACAAAGUGCUCAUUGCACUCCAUGUCGGAGUGGAUAUGAUAUGCAUGCUUGCCGCGACCACACUUGCUGUCACCGCCCCAGGCGUAGCAGCAAUGGGUGGUAUGAUGGACGGCCUGCUGGAAGUGCACGCAAAGUUUUUUGAAACCUUCACAAAUGACGCAGAUGUCCAGCAAAUGGUGAUCGAGGGGAAGAAGAAGGCUGGCUUGAAUGUCACGCUUCUGGAAGAGCGUGCUUUGUUGGCCUUUGACCAGGAGGUCCUGAGUAUGGAGAAACAGCACGAUUGGAUCAGCCGCACACUCAAGCUCGACAGCGCUGCAAAUAGCCUGCGGCUGAGCCCUGGAGUACUUGUGUGCGUCGUUGGCGGCAUCAUGUUGUUUGUCUUGGUUUCCACUUUGAUGGCCGGUUGGAUGAUGAGCCAAGACCGGUAUCGCAACAGACUCCAGAAUAAGAUUCGGUGGACGGCCUGUUGCAGUGCAGGUGUUUGUGGCCCACUUUGCCUAACGGUGCCGGAGGAGAAAGAGAAGAUUGAUUCAAUCGGUGACAUGAAGAAGGUCUGUCGAGAUGCAGAGGUACAAAUUUUGGUCCGUGGUUUUUUGCUCAGUGCCCUCCUGGCUGGAGCUAUAUACUUUGCGGGAGUGACAUUCAGAUCCGUGCGUUUCUUCUUCGCACUGUCCUUCAAUCGAGAUGUAGAUCCGAAGUUGCUUCUCAUUCCAUGGGCGCCGCUUUGGAUACUUCACAGCCUGACCGGUUACGUGGCAGUGGAUGCUAUUCGCCAAUGUACGCGGAAGCACGCCAAUGAUAAGAAGAAGGAGGAGAGCGGUGCUGGAGACGUCGAGAAAGGUCACAAGACCUAUAAUACGUUCGAAAACCAAAGCGAGCCAGCGAGGUCUCAGCCCCUGCAAGCUGCCGACGUUCGACCAGCAAAUCCAUCACAGCAAUCUUCCGGCUGGGGAUGGUGGUCUCCCUUCCAGGCGUCCCCAUCCGCAAAGGCACCGGGAUCAGAGCCUCAGAAACGCACUCCCCCUCAACCCAAGGUCCCCGGUCUGAGGAGGUCUGCGACUGCAGUCAUAGCAGCAACGCGCGCCCGCACAUCCUUGCGAGGUCCCCCUCAACCCAAGGCCCCUGUGCUGGCAGGCAAGGCCCAUCCCAAACCUCCGCAUAUCAGCCCCUAUGCAGCGAAGGCGCAUAUACCCGCCAAGCCCUCGGGCAUCAACCCCUAUCCUGCAAAGCCUCCGGGCAUCGCCCCCUAUCCUGCAAAGGCUCCGGGAAUCGCCCCCUAUCCUGCAAAGCCUCCAGGAAUCGCCCCCUUUACUGCAGCGAAGGCCGAUGCACCAGCCCAGCCGCCAGGCAUCAUCCCUGGUCCCAAGAACCCACCUGCUGCAGCAGCAAAGGCAGAUCUGCCAGCCCAGCCUUCAGGCAGUUCUGAUCCGGCCAAGCCCCCAGGCACUGACCCUGGUCCCAGGUCCCCACCGGCAGCUGGCUGA